UUAGCAGGCGUUUUUGUUGUGGUUUUAUAUAAGAGGCCUUGUAAAGCUAAAAAAGAGAUUCCAAUCCGCGGGUGAGAGCCGCGUGAGGGAGAGCGUUCUGAUUGGACCGCGUGAGAGUUUUGGCCGGAUCACCUGAUGGAGAGUUGAGCGGGAUCCUAAAGAAGGCCGGAAGAGCACAGACUUCAUAUUCAGUCGCUAAGCUUAGGGAGCCGAACAGGAAUAACAAGCUGAACUCUUUCUUUUGGCUUGUUCACACCCCUACCACCCUUAAACGUUCCCAGUCCAUAGCAAGCCCUGCAGCGAUUGUCAUGCUUCCCCUCCUCCUCCCCUUCUUUUUCAUCGCAUUAUCUUCCUCCUCCUCCUCACCCAUCACCCUCCCCGGCUGCCCCGAAACCUGCGGCAACAUCACUAUCCCCUUCCCCUUUGGCGCCAAACCCAGAUGCCAUCUUCCCGGCUUCCAAAUCACCUGUAAAAACUCUUCCUUUCCCAAACCCAUCAUCUCUACCGUCUCCGGCGACUUGGAGCUCUUCUCCAUCUCUGUCUCCACCUCAAACGCCACCGUUCUCUCCCCCAUCACCCGCAACUGCCGCCCUUCCGACGAAACCCAAUCUAUCAUUGACCUCUCCGAGCACCCGUUCGUCCUCUCCUCCACCCGCAACAAAUUCACUGCAGUCGGCUGCGACACCAUUGCCCUAUACGCCGCAACCACAUCCUCUGGGAGCAAAACGACCUUUGCCGGCGGCUGCCUUCCCUUCUGCAACAGCGCCGACAAGAUAGUAAAUGGGUCCUGUAAUGGUGGCGGAUGCUGCCAGACCUCUAUCCCCAACGGACUGCAGACGAUUACGACCAGUCUGAGAAGCAAUACAAAUAACUCAUCUAAUUCCAGUGACUGUAACCACGCCUUCUUUGUGGAACAGGAUGAAUUCGUCUUCAAUCCUUCCUAUAUAACGAAUUUCUCUGCAACCUCCAUGCCGUUGGGACUGGACUGGGCAAUCCCGAAUGGCACGUGUGCGAAGGGAAACAACAUGUGCGGUGCCAAUGCUUAUUGCUCUGAAUCUAACAUCUUGUCGGGGUACAUCUGCUCCUGCAACAGUGGCUUCUCAGGAAAUCCUUAUCUCGCCGAGGGAUGCCAAGACAUCAAUGAAUGCCAGGAUCCAAGCGACACUCCAUGCACUAUCAAUUGCCAAAAUACACCUGGAAGCUUCGUCUGCUCAUGUCCUCGCGGUUACUACGGCGACGGAACAAAAUCCGGUACCGGUUGCUCCAAAUCCGCCAAACGUUUUCCUCUCGUCCAACUCGUUCUCUGUAUCGGAUUUAGCUUCCUUUUCCUACUCCUCGCCGCCUCCUACCUCCACUGGGUUCAAAAGAAAAGAAAACUGCUCUCUCUCAAGGAAAAGUACUUUCAUAAAAAUGGCGGCUUGCUUCUCCGACAACAUCUCGCCGGCCACCACGCUCCCCACACCGAAACAGCCCGCAUUUACACCGACGAAGAACUCAAACGCGCCACUGAUAACUACAGCGACGCCCGAAUUCUCGGCCGAGGGGGCAACGGGAUAGUCUAUAAAGGCAUAUUCCCCGACAGCAACCGCGCAGUCGCCAUUAAGAAACCUCGUUGCGUCGACGGCUCACAAAUCGAACCGUUUAUCAACGAAGUUGUUCUGCUCUCGCAAGUAAUUCACAAACAUGUGGUUCGAAUCCUCGGCUGCUGUCUCGAAACACAAGUCCCUCUUCUCGUCUACGAGUAUAUUCCCAAGGGUACGCUCCACCACCAUCUCCAUAAUCAGCCCGGCUCGCUUUCAUGGGAAGCGCGGCUGAGAAUCGCAUCCGAAACGGCCGGAGCUUUGGCUUACCUCCACUCUGCCAUCGAACGGCCGAUCUUCCACCGUGAUGUAAAAUCUGCAAAUAUUCUCCUUGAUGAGAAUUACACGGCCAAAGUGACGGACUUCGGCGCGUCGAGAUUGCUACCGCUUGAUCGAGCGCAGGUGACGACUCUGGUGCAGGGGACAUUGGGUUAUCUUGAUCCAGAGUACUUUCAAACAGGGCAGUUGACGGAGAAAAGCGAUGUGUAUGGCUUUGGUGUGGUGAUGGCGGAGAUGUUGACGGGGGAGAAGCCGAUAUCGUCGGCGAGGAUGGCGGAAGGUAAGAACUUGGGGGUUUAUUUUUUGGCGCGAAUGAAGCAGGGGAGGUUAAUGGAGACAUUGGAAGGGAGGGUGAGGAAUGAAGGGAGUUUGGAGGAGUUGAUGUUCGUGGGGGAGGUGACGAGGAGGUGUUUGUUGAUGAAUGGGGAGGAUAGGCCGACGAUGAGGGAAGUGGCGUCGGAGUUAGAGAGGGUGAGGCGGUGGGGUCAUGGAAAAAGCUUGUGGAGGGCAGCAUCGUCGGCGGCGUCGGCGGCGGCGUCGGGGGAGGAGGAGGACGAAGGGGAGUGGAGGUGUAGUAGAUGUAAGAGAUUUGAGAGGAGGGGGAGUAUUGUUUUUGGUUUGAUGGGGAAUGAGAUAGAUCGGGUUUGUGAGAGUGCGGUGAGGAGGGAGAGUGAUAGCUUGUUGUUAGAGAUGGCGAACGUUGGAGCAGUUGGAUCUGGUUCUAACGAUGAUAGCUUGGAUGAGGGGUCCAUGCAGACUUUAAUGGCGUUGGAUAUUCGGAGGUGAUUUUUUUUUUCAUUUUUUUCUUUUUUGAGAAAUAAAGAGGUUAGUUUUGCUCAAAUUAUUUAUAUUAGAAUUUUGGUUAUUUAAAGGAUUCAAUUGGUUG